AUGAUUCUUGUUGCAAGCUCCAAAUGCUCUGAGAGCAUCCAACUUGGCGACCUCCAGAACCUCACCUUGCUGCGGCAGCCCAUGCGCAUUUACCUGGACAAUGCCACGCUGCAGUGCACUUUGGGUGAGAUCCUUUGGGAGGCACCCCCGGGUGUCUAUCAACUGUGUUGGUGCUCGCAAAACUCGGGCUGCGGCCUAGCAUCCUUCCGUGCGGCAGCAGGCCAUUUGCAGGUGACGUGUCCACAGGGCUUUUAUUCGCCUUCCUCGAGAUGUAGAGCUUGUGGUCGGGGCUUUUUUUGCCCUGGAGGCACGACAGCAAGGUUUCCAUGCAUGGGGGGCGGGACGACGCUCGGAGUGAAUGCGGUCGCGAGCACGGACUGUCUCUGCGACCGGGGCUAUUUUGAAGAGCUUGGCACCUGUAAGCUCUGCCCCACAAGCACCUACAAGUCCACUGCAGGAAGCUCGGAAUGUGCACGCUGCCCAUCAAAUUUCACGACUUUCAAGCCAGGAGCCGUGUCCAACUCUUCGUGCAUUGAGGAAAGCUCAAGCAGCAAAGAUGUUCAGAGCAACACUUCAGAGGUUCCAGCCAUAGUGUUCAACCUGUCACUUAGCCUUGCCGAAGGUGAUGCUGAUGAGACGGUGAGGAAGCAGCUCCGUGCAGCUCUGCUCAGCAGCAUCUUGGCAUCGGUUCGGCUGGAUGCAAGUGUGGUGGAACUCAACUUCGCCAAUGUCACCAAUGCCAGCUUUCUGGGUCGACGCCUGGCUCAGUCCCUCAUGGCAGCUGUCACCAUGCGAUACCCAACGACCGAAGAUGCAGAAGGUUUGCAGAGCGAGCUGGACUGGAACGCCUUACGUGAUGAGCUUGGCCUUGCCCUACAGCAGGACGAGAACCUGAAAGGGUUUGAGGUGAGUGCGAUAUCGGCUGUAGAGUUAUCCUCGGUGAAUGUCGUUUGCCCAGCGAAUGCAGCAAAACCGCCCGGAGUCACUCUGAUGCGGCCGGAGGACUGCGCCUGUAAUCCGGGCUUUGGCUACGAUGAAGGUGCCUGCAGGGCCUGUGCUCUAGGAGAGUACAAGUCAGCGCUUAGCAACGAGCGCUGUGUAAAGUGCCCCGAGUGGACCUCAACUGAGAGAGCAGGCGCCACAGAGCCAGAGGAGUGUAAGUGUGAAGCGGGCAGGUAUGGAGAGGAUCAGUGUGCUCACUGCCCAAAGGGGUUUUACUGCCCCGGCUCAGGAAAAAGCGUGCCCUGUCCAUUCAAUUCCACCACAGAAUCCGGUGGAUCAUCCUCCAGCGCAGACUGCAAGUGUCUGCCUGGACACCAGCCCUCAGAACCCUCAGAUUCCCCGCCUUGCGAGCCUUGCCAGCCGGGCCGGUACAAGAGAAGCGUGAGCAAUGAGAAGUGCUUCGAAACCUGCCCGUCCAAUGCAAACAGCCCGCCGGCGUCCACCGAGCCGGGCAAUUGCUCGUGCAAUGAAGAUCACUACGCCCAGCUUAAUGAUGAGGACGAGCUGGACAGAUGUGCGCCAUGCACCUUCAACGGGCUACGUUGUUCGGGCGGCUUCCUUCAGAACGGCAGCCAUGCACAGCCUGAAGCCAAGGUAGGUUGGUACAAGACCGGCAAGACCCUGGCAGUGCAGUGCCUCGUUCGGGAUGCUGCCGGCGCCAGUGUGUGUCAGGGCGAGAAUCGCUGCGCCGAAGGUUCCACUGGGUGGCUGUGCGGCGAGUGCCCAGCGCAGUGGGGCCGCCGUGGGCACCUGGAGUUCUGCAGGCAAUGCCCCGAUUCGAGCUCGGCCUGGCUCGCCACGUCCAUCCUACUGGACCUCGGACGCAUCACAUCCCUGAACUUUAUCAUGGCGGUGCUCAGUGCCCAAGGAGCCACGAAGCAGAUGAAGCUCCACACGGCAAUACUCCGCAUCUUCCAGCGGUGGAAGGAUGCCUGCUCCGUCCUCCUGAGCGUCAACCUCACCACCAUGACAGCCUUCCCAUGGUCCGAAGAGGAGGCGUCCGAAGAGGAGGCCUGUGACAACUGCACGAAGCAGCUGCUGUGGCCCCCGGAGGUCACCGAUGCCAUUGAUGGCAUCUUCGCGCUCUUCUCAAUCGUCCCCGACAUGAACGUGGGCUUCAUGGCGCAGUGCCACGCCCAGAAGCUCUUUGGGGACAAGUGGUAUAAGGCUGCGAUGCUGGCGCCGGCUGUAUAUUACCUUUGCCUCCCGGUCCUGACCAUCCUUGCCACGCUCCUCAUCUGCAGCAUCGUGGUCUAUGUUGUGCUUCCUUUGGCGAGAAUCUCUGGCCUCUUCUACCGGAAGGAGGCUGAGGCACUGGCCGACAGAGUGCUCGAAGUGCUGAAGCGUAAACGUCCGACGGAUUCCACAGAGCCCGGCAUCGCGAGGCUGGUGACACUGGUGAAUGAGAGCUUGAAAGGGAAAGCUUUGGAGGAGAAGGACUUGAGCGACGUCCUGGACGCUCUAGACCCCACGAAGUUGGCAAAAGGGCCAAAGGUGGAAACGUUGCGACAUGCCGUAGUGGAGACGGGGGCCAGCGGCGUGUCCGCAGCGGAGCUGCUAGAGACAGACGAUUGCAAGAUAAAGGAGGCCAUAUGCAAACACUUGAGGCCAGAAAUGUAUCUGGGGCUUUUCAAGCCGGAGCCGCCCCCGCGGCGACUCCUGUGGGACAGCGUGCCGGUAAUAUGGUUGACUCUGAUGGCCUUGUGGCCCGAGCUGUUGGAGAAGUUCCUGCACAUGAUCCGCUGUGCUCCCAUGGUGGAGGACAGAACGGACGAACUCAAGAGUCCUGUUCAUCGGCUUCUGCCGCACCCUGACGUGUUGUGCCUGCGCGACAAUCAUGUUCCCCUAGCCGCGAUGUCAUUGUGUGGGCUCUUUACGUGGUGCUUUGGCUUGCCACUGGCCCUCUUUGCCCGGAUCUUAUUGCUGAGACAGAACAGGCAGGACCACGAAAAUCGCCGGAGGUAUGGCUACUUCAUUCAAGGAUUUGAACCUCGCUUUUGGUACUGGGAUCUGGUGGUGAAGCGGGCGGACAUUGGCAUGAUGCUGGUGGUGGCUUACACCUCCGUUGCAGAUGAUGUGAAGGCCAAGCUGCUGUUGUUUCCCAUCAUCUCAGGCAUCCAACUUGGCAUCACCACCUGGGUCAGGCCGUAUGCCAAUCCCCAAAGUGAGAUCCUCGACUUUCUGGAGUUUGUGCUACUGUGCGUGCGCUUCGUGCUCUUCAGCACCGUCGCUGCGUUGCUAAUCUUCUUCCCUUCGUCCAGCGUGGUGUGGAUUUGGGCUACGUUCUUGAUUGUCUUGCUCGCAGCGGCUGCUGCCUAUGCAGGCCUGCACUUCCUGGCCCAGGUCCUUCGCACCGUGUCGAACGAGCUGAAGAUGGACACGGAGCAAGAAAUGCAAGAAACGCAGAUGGACAGAGAGUGGCUGGAAAACUCGAAGAACCCACGACAGGAGGGCCGGAAGACUUUCCGGAAAGUGCAAGCGACAAAGGAGAAAUUGAUGAAGGUGGCCCAAAUAUCGGUGGAUUGGCUGCUGACAAUGUUCGAACCUGAUGAGCAGCUCAAGUUCUGCUGGUCCGCAGACCAAGCGAUGCCAGACCUCUCGGAACCCAAUGAGAAAAAGGAGAGGCUCAUCCCACGACUUCGCAGCUCUCAGGCAGCAGAAAGCUUAAGCCACAGGUCAUGCGGCAGAAGGUCCGAUUUUCCCAGCACCCUGCCAUGA